ACACUCACUGUGACUGAAACGAGAAAUGGAGCAGCAGGCAGUUCAGCUGGACCCAGAAACUUUCUCCUGUUCCAUCUGCCUGGAUCUACUGAAGGAUCCGGUCACUAUUCCCUGUGGACACAGCUACUGUAUGAACUGUAUUAAAAACUUCUGGGAUGGAGGUGAGAAGAAGAAAAGCUACCACUGUCCUCAGUGCAGGAAAACCUUCACWCAGAGGCCUGACCUGGAGAAAAACACCAUCCUAGCWGCUUUAGUGGAGCARCUGAAGAAGACUGGACUCCAAGCUGCUCCUGCUGAUCACCGCUAUGCUGGACCUGAAGAUGUGGCCUGUGAUGUCUGCACUGGAAGAAAACUGAAAGCCAUCAAGUCCUGUUUAGUCUGUCUGGCCUCUUAYUGUGAGAAACACCUUCAGCCUCAUUAUGAUUCAGCUCCUUUGAGGAAACACAAGCUGGUGGAGCCGUCCAAGAACCUCCAGGAGAACAUCUGCUCUCGUCAUAAUAAAGUGAUUGAUAUCUUCUGCCGCACUGAUCAGAAAUGCAUCUGCUAUCUCUGCUCUGUGGAUGAACAUAAAGGCCAUGACACAGUGUCAGCUGCAGCAGAAAGGACUGAGAGGCAGAGAGAGCUGGAGGAGAGACGAGGAAACAUCCAGCAGAGAAUCCAGGAC